AUGUCGACAGUACAACAAGCCCUAUCACACAAAAUUACUCGAACUAUCUAUUGGACCGAUUCCACUAUCGUCCUCCAUUGGCUCAAUACAUCACCUCACACCCUUAAAACAUUCGUCGCUAACAGAGUCUCCGAAAUUCAAACAAAAACCAGCAUCCGCGAUUGGCGCCACGUUCCUACCGACGACAACCCCGCGGACUUAAUAUCACGCGGCCAAACACCCGAAGAGUUUCUGCGCCCAACCAUCUGGCAGCACGGUCCUGCAUGGCUCUACCAGUCGGAAGGCUAUUGGCCGACAUGGGCGCUAACACCGCAAAUUGAAGUACCGGAGCAGAAGGGGGCGAUUUGUCUGUCCGCAAACCCCGCCGAUUACAGUUUGUUGCAAAGGUAUUCAUCCUGGCCCAAGUUGAUACGAAUCAUAGCUCGUUGCCUCCGUUGGAAACAGAAAAGGAACCGAGCGGCACCCCUAACCGUUACUGAAUUACUCAUAACGCACAAUAAACUGAUAAAAUUGUUGCAAAACAUCCAUUUCUCCGAGGAAAUUCGUACACUCCAAAAAGAUCGGAACGCGGCGAUAAAGGGUAAGCUCACGCGACUCAAUCCGUUCAUAGACAAGGAAGGAAUAUUGCGAGUCGGGGGUCGACUCAGUCAUUCGUCGAUGACCUUCGCUCAGAAACAUCCCAUAGUAUUACCUAAGUCAUCCGUUACAACACGCAUCAUAGACCACGAGCACAAGAUCCACAUGCAUUCCGGAACGCAGGCUACGUUAUACGCAGUAAGACAAAGAUACUGGCCCGUUGACGGUCGAAGUCAAGUAUGGCGGGCGAUCAAAGGCUGCGUCCGCUGCUGCCGCGCUCAACCACCGCCGGUAGAAUACGUGAUGGGUAAUCUGCCGGAGGCGCGAGUAACGGAAUCUCGCCCAUUUACAAACGUCGGCGUCGAUUACUGCGGGCCGUUCCACAUCAAGGAAAAACGAGAUCGUAACCGUCGUCAGAUAAAAGUAUACGUAGCCAUUUUCGUAUGCCUAGCAAUUAAAGCGGUACACAUCGAGCUCGUUGACGAUCUCACUAGCGAAGCCUUCAUCGCCGCUCUUCGCAGAUUUAUCGCUCGACGAGGGUAUUGCUCCACCAUCCAUUCUGAUAACGGCACCAACUUCAGAGGAGCAAGCAACGAAUUACGAGAGCUUCACGAUUUAUUACAAUCGGACGAUCACAAGGAAAAAGUAACCGCAUUUUUAGCCGACAAACAAAUCGAAUGGCGCUUCAUUCCCCCUCAUUCGCCGCAUUUCGGUGGGCUAUGGGAAGCAGCGGUAUGGUAUAGUGGUUGUCAGUUGAGGUACUAG